AUGGAGGAACGAGGGAAAAAGGGAAAAAAGGGAGACGAAGAGAAAGAGAAAGAGGAGGAACGAGGAAAAAAGGAGACGAAGAGGAAAGAGAAAGAUGGAGGAAGGAACGAGAAAAAGGGGGAACAAAGAGAAGAGAAAGAUGGAAAGGAGGAACGAGAAAAAGGUGAAGGAACGAAGAGAAAGAGAAAGAUUGGGAAACGAAGAAAAAGGGAGACGAGGAGAAAGAGAAAGAUGAGGAACGAGAAAAAGGAGAGACAAAGACAAAGAGAAAGAUGGAGGACGAGAAAAAAGGGAGACGAAGAGAAGGGAGAAAGAUUGAGGAAACACGAGAAAAAGGAUUGGACGGAAGAGAAGGAGAAAGAUUGA